CCAGUGCGCGCGAAGCAGCAGUGUCACUGUCUUGCGUGGGGAGGUCCUUACGGCGUUUCUACCUGUUGGAGCCCACCAUCCUUCCCCACGCUCAGAGUGGAUCUGCUGCCCUCUUCAAAAAAAUGUUUCCGAGGAUUUUUUCUUACGCUUUGCUGCUUUAUGUCCACGCAGCGACACUCUCCCGUGGAUUUAACAUAGAUGAACGCUUCCCUGUGAUCAAGCAGGGCAAAACCAAAGGGAGCUUCUUCGGACUUUCCGUGGCCAUGCAUGAACAGACGCAGGGCGCCAGCAAAUACCUGCUACUAGCUGGAGCGCCCAAGGAGAGAGCCUUGUCGCUGAGUAACGUCAAUGAAACAGGUGCUGUCUACUCCUGUCCCAUUACUACAGAAGCCUCCGACUGCUCGAGAAUGGACUUGGUCAGCUCAACAAAUUCUUUAGAGAUGGUGGAGGGCAUGUGGCUGGGCGUGACCGUGGCCAGCCAGAAAGUGCAGUCAAAGGGUCGUGUGAUGGCAUGUGGGCACCGCUACGUCAAGAUCAUCAAAAGCGGCUCGGAGGAGCAGCGACAAAUGAUAGGAAAAUGCUACGUGAGGAGUAACGAUCUGACGUUUGACCCCCAAGACGACUGGCAGAUUCACAGCUACGAGGUCUGCAACCCGAGCUUUGGCAUGGAGCUUGAGGGCAUGUGCAACAUGGGCAUCUCAGGCGGGAUGACUGAGACCGAUGUGUACGUGGGCGCCCCGGGCAGCUAUGUAUGGCAAGGAAAUGUUUAUGUUAUAUGGAGAGAUCCUGAUCCGGCAAAUGCAUGGGACUCCAUUGACAAAAACUUUGGACAGCUGAAAAAGCGAUCCAACAACUAUAUUGGUUACUCUGUUCUUGAAGAGAAGAAGCUGCUGAGCCUCACCGAAUUCACAGUGGUGGCGGGGUCCCCCAGGGAGGAGUCCAAGGGCUCGGUGGUGUUCGGGAUGAAGACUGACAACAACAUCGAGACAACGCUCAUCAUCCCUGGGGAACAAGUGGGCUCAUACUUCGGAAGCAGCCUGGCUGCCACUGACCUCAACAACGACAAUUGGAACGACCUGAUAGUGGGGGCCCCCUUUUACUUUGACCGCAUGAAGGACGAGGGAGGUGCUGUCUAUAUCUAUAUGAACGAGAAUGGCUCCUUCCAGAAGACUGCCACCAUAGUGCUGAAGGGGCCUGCAUCGUCUGCAUUUGGCCUCGCAGUGGCCGCCAUUGGUGACAUCAACCAGGAUGGAUUCCAAGACUUUGCAGUUGGAGCUCCGUUCCAUGACACAGGCAAGGUCUUCAUAUGGACGGGGAGUAAAAAGGGAAUCUCAAAGGAGCCUAGUCAGGUGAUUGAGGGAAAGUCAGUGGAUAGUGGGGGGUUCAAGACGUUCGGCUACUCCAUCAGUGGAGGCAUGGACAUGGAUGACAACAGCUACCCAGAUAUCUUAGUUGGCUCUCUUGAUGACCGCAUUGCCCUGCUCAGGACUCGGCCAGUGGUCCACUUAACCAAGAACUUUACUGUGGAGCCCAAUAUUGUGGAUCCUAAUCAGUGCAAAGGAAAUAUACCAUGCAUCACAGCCACUCUCUGCAUGUCUUUCACCCUAAGCAAUGGCAACAAAAACUUCAAGAAAAACAUCACGGUGAAGUACACAGUGGAGGCUGACAUGGAGAGAAGAAGGAGUCCGCGUGUUCGCUUCCAGGAAAACAACGGUGACACCUACACGGGCCUGCUGACCCUGCUGUCCGCUAAAUCCAAGUGUCAAGUUCUCUAUUUAACUGUUAUGGCGCCUGUGAGGGACAAACUGGAGCCGGUGGUCUUCUCCGUCAACAUGUCCUUACAUGAACAAAAACCUAAAUCGAGACGCUCCAUUCAGAACUUGGACUCAUACCCUAUUCUCAGUCAGGAGCAGAAACUCACCCAAAGAAAUGAGAUAAACUUCCAAAAGGAGUGUGGCUCGGACAACAAAUGCACCAGCAACCUGCAGGUCAAGGCACAUUUUGCCAACAAUAAGGAAAAAUCGUUCCCAAGACAGGACACAUUCCAAAUAUUUCAGUUCAACAGCAGUAUGAAGAUAAUAAUGCUGAUGAUGGAGGUGACCAACUUUCCUUCUGGAGGGAAGCUGGCUGAGGAUGCUCACCAGGCCAUGCUCAAUGUCACCAUCCCCGACGCUCUGAAAUACUCUGGCGUCAGAUCCCAGGACCACGAUGUUGAAUGUCGUUACAAGGGCACAGUUGUUUGUGAAUUGGGGAAUCCACUUAGAGGCAAAGAAAAGGUGUCACUUGGCUUGAGGUUCGAGACGUCAGGUAUAGAUCUGUACACCCGGCAUAUCGAGUCUCAGCUGCUUCUUUCCACUGUCAGUGAGCAGAAUGACCUGCAUCCGGUGUCUGUGAGCCUCCUGGUUGAGAACACCAUCCUCCCUUCUUUCUCCAUAACAAAUGCGCAACUGCAUACCAGCUAUGACGGGAUAGUGAUGGGCGAGUCAGCCAUGGUGAACAGCAGCGAUGUUGGCAGUCUGCUUGAGUUCACGUUCAAUGUCAACAUGAGGGGACAACCUCUGGGGGACUUGGGGACCCUGGCUGUGGAGUUUGAGUGGCCCUUUGAGGUGUCUAACGGCAAGUGGCUCCUGUACCUGACCCAGAUCAUCGUUAAGGGAGCGUCAGAGACCGAGUGUAGACCACCUGGAGACGUUGUCAACCCUCUCAACCUCACUUUGUCAGAAAGUGGAUCAAGACGUGUAAAGAGGCAAAUCAUGACCGAUGAUUCCGAUGAUAAGCCGCAGGUCGUGGAGCCGCAGGCAACGCUUUCCGUGCUCACGCCGCGAAAAGAAUCCUACUUGUUGGAAUGCUCAAAGGGCACGGCGAACUGCGUGACCUUUACUUGUCCUCUGUCAAACAUGACCAACUCAUCCACGAUUUAUGUCAGCGCUCGUUUGUGGAAUAGCACCAUGCUCGAGGACUAUCCUUAUGCUUUGUGGGUCAAAGUUCGAGGUGAAGCGACGCUGAAACUCAUCACAGACAAACCAACGAUUAAGAUGGACAGCCAGACUGUGACGUUCACCGUGGACAUCGAGCCCGUAGCAGGGGUGGAGACGCCUUAUGAACUUCCACUGUGGAUCAUCAUCUCUGCUGUGGUAGCGGGAGUUGUACUUCUGGGAAUCAUCAUAAUUAUACUUUGGAAGUGUGGCUUCUUCCAGAGGGCCAGCAGGCGGGAGAUGUAUGAGGCCAAAGCCCAGAAGGCUGAGAUGAAGAUCCAGCCCUCUGAGACAGAAAAGCUCACGGAGGACUACUGAGACCCUUUAUGGGUCCUCCGACCGCACACACCGGUGGGCUUUUGGCUUGGAUUCUUCAAGCGAUCCCUCUACUACCGGAUAAUGCCAAAGCACCGGGGGGUGAAAAUUUGCAAGGCCGAUCGCUAUCAGGCCAAUGAGGGAUUUGAGCCUGAGGAGCCGUGCAGAAAGCAUUGGAUCACCAACUGGACAGAGACGCAGCAUUUCUACUACUGAGGCCUUGACUUGGAACCCUGACUGUUCUGACGCAGGCCAAACAAAGAACAUUGGCCCAGUAGGGACCACCUGUGGAUUAAAUGCACUGACUUUUUCCAGACUUCUCAGUGCAAUAUAUUAAACUGUGUUUCUUUUCUGACAUUGAAUGAAUUGGCGAAUUCAGGACUUUUAUGUUUUUAAUUGAAAGUUUUUUUUGUUUUUUUUUUGUUAUUCCUCAAUGAUUGUAAAUAUUUUCGCAUCUGGAUCGCUCAUUUCCAGGCUUUAAUACCCAGCCCAGCUGACCUCGUGUACAGAUAUCCUGACAUGUUUGUUUUCUAUGUUUUAUUCCAAGUUUUCAGGGACUACUACUUGCAUUCUCUUGGUAGGAGAUCGGCUUAAACCCCCCCCCCCCCAGUAAGAUGCAGCCCCUCGCUUGAUGACUAUUUAUUAUACAUGUUUGUGUCAACACUGAAUUUAUUAGGCUAAAUUAAUGAAUUAAUCUAAAUAAUUCAUUGCAGAUGGCCAAAAAUAUGAACACAUUUUAAUGAGAUGAUCAUAGCUUUACGUGCAAAAAGAAAAUUCUGAAAUACAGUACAGGCCAACAUUUUGGAGACACCUUCUCAUUUCAAUGCGUUUUCUUUAUUUUCAUGACUAUUUACAUUGUAGAUUGUCAUUGAAGGCAUCACAACUAUAAAUGAACACAUGUAACAAAAAAAGGUGAAAUAACUGAAAAAAUUAUUUUUUACAUGCACCUGGGGAUAAGUUGAUUGGCAACACUAAAUUGGCCCUAGUGUGUGAAUGUUGUCUGUCUAUCUGUGUUGGCCCUGCGAUGAGGUGGCGACUUGUCCAGGGUGUACCCCGCCUUCCGCCCGAUUGUAGCUGAGAUAGGCUCCAGCGCCCUCCGCGACCCCAAAGGGAAUAAGCGGUAGAAAAUGGAUGGAUGGAUGUUUUAUAUUCUAGUUUCUUCAAAAUAGCCACCCUUUGCUCUAAUUACCGCUUUGCACACUCCUGGCAUUCUCUUGAUGAGCUUCAAGCACACCUGUGAAGUGAAAACCAUUUCAGGUGACUACCUCUUGAAGCUCAUCGAGAGAAUGCCAAGAGUGUGCAAAACAGUAAAUAAAUAAUGAUAAAUGGGUUGUACUUGUAUAGCGCUUUUCUACCUUCAAGGUACUCAAAGCGCUUUGACACCACUUCCACACUUACCCAUUCACACACACAUUCACACACUGAUGGAGGGAGCUGCCAUGCAAGGCGCUAACCAACACCCAUCAGGAGCAAGGGUGAAGUGUAAUCAGAGCAAAGGGUGGCUAUUUUGAAGAAACUAGAAUAUAAAACAUGUUUUCAGUUAUUUCACCUUUUUUUGUUAAGUACAUAACUCCACAUGUGUUCGUUCGUAGUUUUGAUGCCUUCAGUGACAAUCUACAUUGUAAAUAAAGAAAAACCAUUGAAUGAGGUGUGUCCAAACCUUUGGCCUGUACUGUACAUAUAAAUGAACGUUCACUAUCCCUUCAAUUUUCACUGAAGACUUGUCGGCGAAGACGGUGACACGGGGAGGGUUAAGCCAUGCGGACGCCACCUUCGUGCGUCACUAAAAGUGCUAUUUUUUUAACUUAAUUGUUUUUCUCGCCUUCUUUGUCAAAGUGCUGGCACUCGCAACUUUCUUUGGCCCCAUUUUGCAGCGGUACUCAAUAAAAAAAACUAAAGAAA